AGCCAAGACUGAAAAUUCUUGAACACUCUUAAGAGUCAGACGACAGGCCCAUUGCAGAGAUGGUAGAAUCCAUGGGAACUAUUUGCAAAACAUGAUUUUAAAAUGAAACAGACAGAUGGUUUUGUGAUGCUUGUUUGAAAUACACCCUUCUUGGACUAAAUAUGAUGCUUUCAGAACACAUUCCACUUCUACAAAUCCUCAUUUUGGCACAGUUCAGCCUUAAUGCGGGACAUCAGAAAGCCCCACGCAUCACUACCCUUCUCGAAACUGUGGACGUGCUGUUGGAGCAGAAUGCCACUUUUAUAUGUGAAGUGGAUUCGUACCCUCCUUCUGAAAUUACAUGGACUCGUAAUAAUGUUCACAUUCGAACUUUUGAUUCUCGUUAUGUCACCAAGGAAAAUGGCCAAAUGUUGAUCAUUCCCAAUGUGAAGGACUCAGAUAGUGGAGAGUACUGUUGCACUGCUCGUAAUGGAGUAGGAGAAUCUGCCAAAAGCUGUGGAGCCCUACAACUGAAGAUGAAACCCCAGAUAAAACGGCAUCCCACAAACAUUACUUUACUUAUUGGGUCAAAGGCUGUGUUACCAUGUAUCACACUGGGUAACCCCAAACCAGAGAUAUCUUGGAUCAAGGGUGAAGAUCUAGUAAAGAGCAAUGAUCGUAUAUCUAUUCUGGAUUUUGGUUCUUUAAAAAUUCAAGAUAUUCAAAAGGAGGAUGCAGGGCAGUAUCGUUGUGUUUCAAAGAACAGCUUUGGAGUUGCAUUCUCUAAACCUGCAACCAUUGAAGUGCAAGCUCCAGCCAGAAUAUUAAAAGUUCCAAAAGAAAAAAAAGUUCCCUUUGGAACAGAAGUAACAUUGGAAUGUAAUGCCACUGGUAACCCAGUUCCUACAAUAACAUGGCUAGAAAAUGGGAACACAAUUUCAGGUGCAUCAGUAGAGGAGACAUUAGUUGGAGAUGUUAUCAAUUCUGUACUACGAGUUGUUGUCAGCAAGCCUGCUCUUUACACCUGUCUGGCCACCAACAGACAUAGUGGAGGUGCCAACACAGUAAAGGCCACUGCAAAACUUACAAUCUUGGAAUGGAGGCUGUACAAAGGCACUGCGGGGUACUGCAGCACGUACCGAGGACAGGUGUGCAAAGGAUCACUGCAGAAGGAUGCCCUGGUAUUCUUUAACUACUCCUUCUCAGAUCCAGAGGACUCCCAGGAAUUUCUGGCUCAGAGUGCCUGGGCAGAGUUAGAUGCUGUCAGUCCAUUCUGUCGUCCUGCUGCUGAGUCCCUUCUAUGUCAUUACAUCUUCCAGGAUUGCAAUCCAUCUGGUUUAGGACCAGCUCCCAAACCAGUCUGCAGAGAGCACUGCAUGGCUGUGAAGGAUCUUUAUUGUUCCAAAGAAUGGCUCUCCAUAGAGGACAACUCACGCAAAGGGAUAUAUUUGUCAGGCCUGAAACUCACUUUACCUGAUUGCUUACAACUCCCAAGCAGGGAAAUGGAUUUGACAGCGUGCACCGCAGUGCCAUUCAUUGAUAUCAAGAAAGAUCAAGUUACAACAAAAUGUUAUAAUGAUAGAGGACGAUUUUACCAAGGUUUUAUCAACAUCACAUCAUCUGGCAUUCCUUGUCAAAAAUGGAGUGAGCAGGUUCCUCAUUCUCACAGGCUGUCUCCAGAGAUUAUCCCUGAAUUGAAGAACUCGGAGAACUAUUGUCGGAAUCCAGGAGGAGACAGUGAAAAGCCUUGGUGCUACACCACGGAUAGAAACUUUAGAUGGGACAACUGCAAUGUUCCAAAAUGUGGGGAUGUUUCUAUGCCUGUGUCUACACACCCUAAACAUCAGGCUCCAAACAUACCUCAUUUGGUGUCCCCUACCUACUCCAUGACUGUGAUUGUUUUAGUCAUAUCUGUUUUUGCUGCUUCAGCAUUCGUCAUUGUUCUUGUUCUCAUGUGUCGAAGAAGAAGAAAAACAUGGAAGAACAGGAAGAGGGUAAUGGAAACACCCACUUUGACAACUCUUCCUUCCGAGCUGUUGCUGGACCGCCUCCAUCCUAAUCCAAUGUACCAACGCUUACCUCUCCUUCUCAACUCCAAGCUCCUUAGUUUGGAAUACCCAAGAAAUAACAUUGAGUAUGUGAGGGAUAUUGGAGAAGGUGCCUUUGGAAGGGUUUUCCAAGCUAGGGCUCCUAGGUUACUUUCUCUUGAACCUUUCACCAUGGUAGCAGUGAAGAUGCUUAAAGAGGAGGCUUCAGCAGACAUGCAGGCAGACUUCCAGAGAGAAGCGGCUCUGAUGGCUGAAUUCGAUCACCCCAACAUAGUUAAGCUCCUAGGAGUGUGUGCUGUAGGGAAACCAAUGUGUCUGCUGUUCGAGUACAUGGCAUAUGGAGAUCUGAAUGAAUACUUGCGCAGACGUUCCCCGAGCCAGCACAGCCUGAACCGUUCAAGUCUUUCUGGGAGAAGCCUUUCCUCCGAGUCAGAAAUGGUUGCCCUAAGCUGUGUUGACCAGCUCUACAUCUCCAAACAAGUGGCAGCUGGCAUGGCUUAUCUCUCUGAACGCAAGUUUGUGCACAGGGAUUUGGCAACACGCAACUGCUUGGUGGGGGAAAACAUGAUUGUGAAAAUUGCAGACUUCGGGCUGUCUCGCAAUAUCUACUCAGCUGACUAUUACAAAGCAAAUGAAAAUGACGCCAUCCCUAUCAGAUGGAUGCCUCCUGAAUCCAUCUUCUACAACCGUUAUACAACGGAAUCAGAUGUCUGGGCAUAUGGAGUGGUGCUGUGGGAGAUCUUUUCCAAUGGCAUGCAGCCUUACUAUGGUAUGGCCCAUGAAGAAGUCAUCUACUAUGUGAGGGAUGGCAAUAUCCUUUCUUGCCCUGAGAACUGCCCACUGGAGCUGUAUAACCUAAUGCGGCUCUGCUGGAGCACUCAUCCAACGGACAGACCUAGUUUUGCCAGUAUCCAUCGCAUCCUUGAACGUAUGCAUGAUCAGAUGCUGCGUGCAAGUUUGCCAUGAUAGACAAUUGGGGUUUAAGAGCUUGUCCAUGAAUCAGCUCACACCUACGUUCUUUAUCAUCUCACAUAAGGAUGUUAAACACUCCUAUAUCAUCAAGAGGUGGCUGCAUUACAAUGGUUCACUUUUUGUAAACAUCAAGGAUGCAAAAACUUAGGUGAAUAGCAGCCAGUGCUGCUGUUAAGAUCAAUGAAGAAAUAAGAAUUUAUAUAUUUUAAAAGGAAUUUAAAUCAUAUGAUAGGAACAGUAAACAGGAAUAUAUAGUUAAGGAAGAGCAACUUAUUUUUUUCUAUUAUAAGAAGUGCUAUACUGUAUAUAAAUGGACCUACCCCACUUCAAAAAUAUUGGCUGCUGAAAUAAUGAUCAUAUGUAAGCAUUAUUGACUAUACAUAUAGAGGGACUGAUAAUGUUCUUUCAACAUCAAUAUGUACAAUGUCUUGUUAAUUGUUGGCCACUGUAUAAGAACUUUAAACAUAACUUGUAAUGGAGAAGGUAUUUCCUUCACUUAUUAUAUUUAUAGGGAUGAAUAAAGCCAAUUUAAAGUUUUUAUAAAGGUCAAUUUUACAUAAGUAUGCAUUACAUACUGUAAAUAUGCAUAUGCAUUUACAUAUGCUUUGGUUCUUGUGUACAUAUUUGAACAUGCUCAGCAUAGAUUGCUCUGGGAGAAGCUUAUACAAUGUAUAUGUCCUGAUGUCUGUGUUUUUCUUUUUGUUGGAAAUGGCACAGUCCUACAGAAAUUGCCACAAGAUAGAAAACCAUCCAUUAUAAGUUGUUUGCUCCUAGCGAGAGUUGCAGCAAACUGAAGCCUAUCCUCUGACCCCAAGGUUUAUAGCAGGACUGUGCUCUACAUGGGACAUGAGUCUGUCAUAAGGCACACACCACACAGGGACAAUUUAAGAGACACCAAUUAACUUAGUCUUGGGAGCUAGAAGUAAAGAGGACCUAGAGAAAAUUCUUGUUAACAAAGACAGAGCAUGCAAACUUCACACAAAGGGCAAAACAGGCUAAACUCAGACCCUAGAGCUUUCAACACAGUUCUAUCCACCAUGGCCCAUUCAGCUGCCCCUGACGGGGGCUAAGUGUCUGCAUUUCAGUGUCAAAUAUUGAACAUAUACUAUACAGUAGCAUAUUCCAAAGUGGCACAUAAUCACUUUAGGCUUUAGUAUUUUGUUUUUAUUUUGUGAUUUAACAUGAUGCAAUUCCACAAACAGAUCAGAAUAACAUUUUAUACAAUUAUAAUACAUAAUGAGUUUUCAUAUGAAAAAUAGAUCAAUAAAUGUUUUUUCUUAAAAAUAAAGUUGUACUCGAAAGUUGGGAAAUGGACAUCCCAUUGAUCGGUGUUUCUAAAUGAAUUUGAUCUAUUUUUAUUAAACCACUCUAUGUCUGGUUAUGUCAAAUGUAUGAGUGCAACUUCUGUACUUGUUUAAAUAUUAUAUAUGUAAUUUGUAUAUGGGUUCAAUAACUUGCAUGACAGACUAUUUGAAUAGCUUUUAAUGUACUGAAUAACGAGAAAUGUUUGCUUUUGUAUUUUGCUUUUAAAUAUUGUAUCUAUUUUCAACAUUUUUUUGAAAAUUUAAGAAUACUAAUUUCUUUUUAUGUACUCGUAUAUUACACAGGUGACACUAUUUCUCCACAGUAUACAGUAGAUACAAUUGAAACAGUUUACAUCAGCCUUUAAUUCUCCUUGGAAUAAUUUGAGUAGCUAACGGUAUAAUAGAGAUUUGAAAAUAACAUUCAAUUUGUUUUUUUUUCACCUUUUCACUUUUGAAAGAAAACAGGACUGAAACUGUGUAACAUUCUUAUCUUAUUUUGACUAUGUAUAUUUUGUAUAUGGUAUAGCUAUCAUGAAAACUAAAUACAUUGUACAUUGCAUUUCAUAUUGGUUUAUUAAACUGCAAUAUACAGUGCCUGAAUACUUUGUGCAAAAUAAUACUGUAAUCCAGCACUGUUCUUAUAGUCUUAUAGGUUGUGUAAAAUAUAUAUAGCUGAAAAACCUGCUGGAUUGGUACGCUCCAGGACCAGGGUUGGAGACCCCCACUACAAUGAAACAACUGGAUGCAGGACAAUGGCGCAGAAGGACCAAAGUAAAAUAAAAGAAAGGGGUGUGCCACCUUCUUUAAAAGAAGAAAUAAUACAGUAUAUGACAUACAAUACUGAUAUAAAGAACAAAAGACAUUCUGUAAAUCACUCUUCGCCUGCAGUAAAUUGAGAUGGCGGAAGAUAUCCCUAUUUAUUUGUCUCUCCUCCUUGAACAGGAUGGUUACUCCAAAGAUAAGAGGGCUUCCCUGGUGUGGAGAACCAAAAUGACAGAUGCUAAACUUCACUAGGAAAAUCCUCGGGAACUGUACACACAAAAUUCACAAUGACUGUGAAGUGAAGUCCAAAAAUGGUUCACCACCCAUGACCAAUAAUACCAUAAUUAACACAUUGACACCCAAUGAGUCUAUUUACAAUAAUUAGAGGAAGCACCAUAGCAAUCUAGGACUGUGACUGAUAUCACAGCGACAUUCAUACCAUCCCCAUGUCCGGGGCUGAGGUAAGUCAAUAGUAGGAGGCACUGCCAACCCCUCUUGAUACACUGCUAUACUUCUCAUCUCAAAGGGUUGGGUCCCACCAUGCUUAUGACUUCCUUUCUUCUCUGAAGACUCCUAGUGUCCUGGAGAGUGCUCAAGUCUUCCACAAUUUACAGUAUAAUGGUCCUGGUCUGGCAGGAUACUUGGCACACUAUCCAGGUCUGGUAUGCCACAAUACCAGUAUAAAGACAUUGUAUAGUUCCCAAAAUUAAACAAAAAAAUGGAGGGUAGCACCUCUAUUAUCUACUCCAGCAGAAUGCAUCUGGGUUGUGGCAACAAUAAUCUAAUACUGAAGGGACUGACAUCUAGUGAGCGUAUUCACAAAAAAUAGAGGACUGCUUGCGGCCUCUAGUGGCAGGUAGGUCGCAAAUGCUGUUGCUUCAUCAAUUGGCCUGUCACAACCCUGUUAUCUAAAAGCCUGCCAGUCCAGGUCUUUCCACUUUGUACUAGCUAGUUCUUACAUCCUCUUAGUUUUCUUUUGUCUGUGUUGGCUUAAAUUUUAGUGGGCUUGGAGCACUACAAAUACCUUAGAAAACUCAGGUCUGAUGAGCAGGACAUCUAUCAUUACACAAGCAGCCUGAGUGGAAGCUUUGUCUUUGCUGGAAAGUAGACACAUCAGGAUAAGGUUCCAGGACUUGAUUGACUUAGUGUAUCCAGUUUGGCAACACUACAAGCAACUACACUACAAGUGGCUAGACACUUCUGCCCAGACUAUCAUUUGACUUGUUGUACACAACAAUUAGUGUAUUGUUCUGUAUACCAGUGACACACUUGCUGAUGUGUACCACGGUGGUCUACACAAAACCUUAAUUCAUUCCUGCAUAGGACUAAAAGGUCUAAAUUGCAGAUGCAGUUCAAUUAGGUACAGUAGCUGCAUCAGCAUGUGUAGGCUA